GAGGACACUUAAUAAACAAACAUUUGUUGGUGCCUAUGUUGCAGACAGUUGGGGAAAUGGAUGGAAGCAAUCACAGUGGCAUCUCUGAGUUCCUGCUCCUGGGGCUCUCAGAGAGUCCUGAGCAGCAGCGGGUCCUGUUCUGGAUGUUCCUGUCCAUGUACCUGGUCACAGUGGUGGGAAAUGUGCUCAUCAUCCUGGCCAUCAGCUUUGAUCCCCGCAUGCACACUCCCAUGUACUUCUUCCUGGCCAACCUCUCCUUCACAGACCUCUUCUUUGUCACCAAUACAAUCCCCAAGAUGCUAGUGAGCCUCCAGUCUCAGAACAAAGCCAUCUCCUAUGCGGGGUGUCUAACACAGCUCUACUUCCUGGUCUCCUUGGUGGCCCUGGACAACCUCAUCCUGGCCACAAUGGCAUAUGACCGCUAUGUGGCCAUCUGCCGCCCCCUCCACUACACCACGGCCAUGAGCCCUGGGCUCUGUGUUUUGCUCCUCACCUUGUGUUGGGCACUUUCUGUCCUCUAUGGCCUCACCCAUACCCUCCUCAUGACCAGGGUGACAUUUUGUGGUUCCCAGAAGAUCCACUACAUCUUCUGUGAGAUGUACGUCCUGCUGAGGCUUGCAUGUUCCAACACCCAAGUCAGUCACACAGCGCUGAUUGCUACAGGUUGCUUUAUCUUCCUCACCCCCUUAGGGUUCAUGAUCAUGUCCUAUGCCCGAAUUGUCAAAGCCAUCCUCCGAAUACCCUCAGCCACUGGGAAGUACAAAGCUUUCUCCACCUGUGCCUCCCAUUUGGCUGUGGUGUCCCUCUUCUAUGGGACACUUGGUAUGGUAUAUCUGCAGCCCCUCCAAACGUACUCCAUGAAGGACUCAGUAGCCACAGUGAUGUAUGCUGUGGUGACCCCCAUGAUGAACCCUUUCAUCUACAGCCUGAGGAACAAGGACAUGCAUGGGGCUCUGGGAAGACUGCUCCUAGGGAAACCCCUCCAGAGGUUGCUCUGAGAUAAUUUUGGGUAUCGAAUUGGAGACUGAGAGUUUCCUCUACCAUGUGCAAGGCAUUAUCCUAUGGGAGACAGGAGAGUGAUUAGCUCAGAAUGGGCUUAUAUUAUAUCUGUGAUGAAGAAAAGACACCUCUAUGUAACCCAGUGUCCCCCAGACCUUGCCAGCCUUGGCAAUGCUAACACUAAUACUAGAAUUUUACAGGAUCAUUCUUUCAACUUUCCUGAUCAUAAGACCACAGGGCCACCAUCCCAGCCUUUCAAAAUAUGCCAAGUUAUGGCCCGGGGAGGGGUGGGUCUCUGGUGUUCUCUAGCACACAUCCACUCAUGGUCCUGAGUUCUGGGGGAAGACCCUAGCCCUGGGCAGCCCAUCCUUCAUUACCGUGGCUCCUCACUCCAUUGCCCCGUCUCUUCUGUUUGCUACCACUCAAUCCUUCACUCAACACAAAACUCCCCAGCUUCUCAACACAAGCUCAUGAAUAGGAAUGGUUGUGGAGGCAGCAGAAGGCAGGAGGUAACAGUGAGACUCAAUCUCUACUUAGGUUCAGCCAGCCACGUAAAAUGCGAUGAAUAGAAACUGAAUAGCACCGGACAAGGUUAGUCACUGGGCUGUGGCAGUUCCAAAGAGGGAGCAAUCCUUCGCCGAUCAUCAGUGGAGCCAGACUAGACUUUGACCGAUGGAGAAUUGAAUUGAUCUGAGGUUCAAUUCAAGUAAUUGAUAAUGACUGGGUGCCUAUUAAGGGCCCCAAUCUAGGGUACAAACAUGAAUCAGGAGCUCACAAUAGACAGGGAAGAAGAGUGUUUUAAGGCAAUGUCUGAAGGCAGUGGUUAUGCUCUGGGCAGGAGGGUUAGGGGGCACAAAGGAGGAAAGCCUAGCUUGGCUUGUUAGUGAGGGAGGAUUCAGGGAAGGCUUCCUUAGGGUGGUGACAGCUGAGCUGAGACUUAAGCAACACCAUGCCACAUGAAGAGUUACCCAGGAAAAGUGGCAGGGCAAAGUAAGAUCACUGUGAGAGAGGAGGGACAUGGUGUGGAGGGGAGUCUUCCUAUCUGCAGUAGCCAGCCAACGUUCUCGUCCUAGCCCGUGUGUGGUCCCUUGUGUGGUCAUGGUCGUCCCUGGCUAGGCCUUGUGUUCUCAUCUGAACGUUGAGUACAAUAACAUCAUGUCACUCAGAGGGUAGCUGUGAGGAUUACAUGAAAUAGUCAUUGGCCCAUAGUUGUUGUGGUUGUUAUUAAGCAGAAACAGAUGGACAAAGACAAAGAGGCAGGAAAAAGCCUGGUAGGUGAGGGUGUGACCCAACUGAGAGUACCUGGUGAGACAAGCAGCAACCUGUGGUGAAGCUGAGGGAGUAGGUGGGAGGGAUUUCAAAUGGCCUCCAACGUCUUAUAGAGGGGCUCGAAAUAGAGUCUGUAGACAAUGAGGUACUACAGGAUGUCUAUUAAUUUUAACUUUCAUUGUUUUUAGUAAACCAACAAUGUGCAUUUCCUGCAGAAAUACUAAAAUAAAAAUAAACCCCAAAUACUUACCUGUCUGUCUGCUACCCAAAGACAACUAUUUGAUAUAAAUUCUAAAACAUUUGGUAUAAAUUCCAAACUUUGAUCUCUGCUCAAUACAUCUAUAUUUCAGAAUGAAUUCAAAUUGUUUUGCAACUUGCUUUUUCACUUAAUAAUGCCUUUCUAUGUUAGUAAAUAUUCGGCUGCAUUGCAACUUAAGGCCUAUACAGUAUUUCAGUGUGCAAUUUAAUGAAUAUAGCAGAAUUCAUUUAACACACUGUUUCAAUAUUUAGUUGCGUUCAGUUUUCCUAUUGUUUGCAACUUGGCAAUACCAUCUCCGUGUGCGUCUCUGUUAUUGUUUCCUCAGGGGAAACUGGUGAAAUGGAAUUGCGGGGCCAAAUGUUUUUAUUGUUCAGAGCCUUUGAUACAUUUCCUGAAACAUCCUCCACAAAGUUUAUAAUAUCCUAGACUUUAAUUGGAGGGGCCAAGAGAUCCUAUUUUUGUUUUGUUUGUGUUUAUUGACCUUGAGGGAUGGAAGGAGAGGAAGCUCCAGAACUUUUAAGUGCAACAGGCAAAAGCAAAAGCAACUUUGUGCUUCUUUAGCAACAUUGUUCUACAAAGGUGGGACAGGGUUUCUGGUGAGCUCAGCUUCUGAUCUGUUACUCUCCCGGAAGCUGUGCCCAUGAGAUAAAAGCCUCCCCCUCUUUCACCAACAAAGGAAAGCACUAGAAGGCAGGCCCUGGACACAGCAAGGCUGUGCUGCAGUAGGGUAUUACUCCCUGCUGGUAGGAUGGUGUCCCUCAGGAGCCAAGUUCUGCUCCACAAUGAGUCACUUCUUCCUCAGUCAUCCAGAAGAGAUGACAGCCAGACCAUGGGAGUAUCUCCCUUGGACACACUUGGACACAGGAGGUAGAAGGAGGGGUAAUGACAGCUCAUAUCUCUGUUUUCUUCUUUGUCCUCUUCAUCCCAAUAAAUAUAUUUUAUUUAAAAUCCUGAGUGUUAAUGUGGCUUAACUUGGCCUUUUGAGCUGUGGCAGAUUGUGAGAAAUGGUUGUUACUCCAGGACAUUUAGGCAUUUUCCCCAUAGCCUAGUAAAAACUUCUGGGACAUAAGCUCUGAUUAUACAGUAGUCGCCCCUUAAGUGUGGUUUUGCUUUCUGUGGUUUUGGUUAUCUGUGGUCAACCACAGUCAGGAAGCAGAUGGUCCUCCUGACACAUCCUCAGAACAUCAAAAGUAUCCUGAUG